GCUUGCCCUCCACUUGGAGUCGGCAGUGGCACUCUUGCAAGCGAAGGGGCCCCAUUGCGACUCAGAGCGAUGAGGCGGCCGCUUGGGAAGCUCAAUUCCCCCUGCAGAGUGGCCCUGUGCCUGGGGCUGGUGGCCACCCUCCUGGGCGGUGCAGGCUCUUCAGAUGACAACACUUUCACCAUACGCCAUGAAAAAGCCAACAAGUGCAUCCAGGUCAAAAACCAGCAAGUUACAGCUGAAGACUGCCAAGAGACAAAAGAGACCUUAUGGACAUGGGUCUCCCAACAUCGCCUUUUUAACUUGGGAUCCCAAAAGUGCCUUGGAAUAGAUACCACCAAAUCCAAGGAACCCUUGAAAAUAGUGGAUUGUGAUUCAGACAUUACACUUUGGUGGCGAUGCUCUGAUGCCUCCGUAUAUUCUGCAUCUCAGAACAAACUGAUUUUAAAGAAUGGGGUUUUGACUGUGAGUGUAGACACUUUCGAUGCAUGGAGAAGGAACAAUUCCAGUGAUGUAAUCUGUAAGCUUCCAUACCAUGAAAUUUACACCAGGGAUGGAAAUUCCUAUGGGAAACCUUGUGAGUUUCCCUUCCUGUUUAACAAGACAUGGCAUCACGAUUGCAUACAGAAUGAAAUGUUCCAGGGUGGUGAAUGGUGCUCCACAACCUCCAGUUUCAGUCAACAUGGAAAAUGGGGGUUCUGCUUAAAACCAGAGGAUGGUUGUCAGGAUACAUGGGAGCAUGAUGAGAAAUCUGGAAGUUGCUACCAGCUAAAUACCCAGGCUGCCUUAUCUUGGAAGGAAGCAUAUGUCUCAUGUCAGAGGCAAGGUGCAGAUUUGCUGAGCAUCCACAGCACAUCUGAAUUAAGCUACAUUCAAGCUAAAGAUGGUAUUGCAGAGAUAUUUUGGAUUGGAUUAAACCAACUGGAUCUUUCUGGUGGCUGGCAGUGGUCAGAUCACACUCCAUUGAACUUCCUUAGUUGGGCUCAAGAAAUGCAGAAGACACCUCUCCUAGAUGGAACUGGGUGUGUAGCUAUGAAUGCUGAUGCAGGCAACUGGCAGAGUUAUCCAUGUGAGACUGCGCUUCCAUAUGUCUGCAAGAAACAAUUCAAUAACACCAAAGCAGAAUUUCCAGGAGUUCAGAGCUAUUUGGAGACUGAGUGUGAAUCUGACUGGAAUCCUCACAAUGGGUUUUGCUAUAAGCCUAUAAACAACUCUGCUUCCUGGAAAGAUGCAUAUCAUUCAUGCAAUGCAAGCAAUAGUAACUUAAUCAGCAUACAUUCCCUAGCAGAUGUUGAGUUAGUUGUCACAAAACUUCAUAAUGAAACAGAAGACCAGGUAUGGACAGGCUUCAUGAAUGAGGACACUCCAGCCUUGUUUAAGUGGUCAGAUGGAUCUGAAGUGGAGUUUACUUACUGGGAUCAAAAUGAGCCAAACGUUCCUUUCAACAACACUCCCAACUGUGUAGCAUAUUCAGGAAAGUUGAGUCGAUGGAAUAUCCAGUCUUGUGAACAAAAACUAAAAUAUGUCUGCAUGAAAAAGGGGAAAGUCUUGGAUGCACCCAAAUCUUCUAAAGAUUGCCCUUCAAGUGAGGGAUGGAUAAAGCAUGGAGAUUUUUGUUACAAGAUUGACCAGAAUGAAGUUUCAUUUGGAAAACUAUGCAAUCUCACUAUUACAAACAGGUUUGAACAAGAAUUCAUAAACAGUCUGAUUAGGAGGAACAGCAAAGUUGGAGGGAAGUAUUUCUGGACUGGCUUGCAAGAUAGCAAAUCUUCAGGAGAAUAUAGCUGGGAAAGUGUAGAUGGAAAUUAUGAAAAACUAACAUACACAAACUGGGGCUCUUUCCAGCCAGAUAUUCAAGGAGGAUGUGUGGUUAUGUCAAGUGGAAAACACCUUGGAAAGUGGGAGGUUAUGGAUUGCAAAACGUUUAAAGCAUAUUCUAUUUGCAAGAAAUAUGUUGGACCCAAAAAAGAGCCAGACACACCGCCUAAGGUCACUGACCCAUGUCCGCAAGGAUGGCAGGCUGGAUCAGGUCUUGCCUGUUACAAGUUUUUCCACAAAGAAAGAGUGUUGAGAACAAGAACCUGGGAAGAAGCAGAAAGGUUCUGCGAGGCUCUUGGAGGACACCUUCCUAGUUUCAGCAGUCUGGAGGAAAUGAGAGAAUUCCAUAAAAUACUGAGAAAAACGAUCAGCAAUGACAGAUGGGUCUGGGUCGGGCUUAACAAGAGGGAUCCCGGAUCACUAGAGACAUGGCAGUGGAGUAACAAUCAACCUAUGUCUACUGUUCUUAUGCCUGCUGAGUUUAAAGAAGAUGAAUAUGAUACUAGAGACUGUGCAGCUCUUAAGACUCUUAGAUCCAUGCGACGUUCAUAUAUAUUUUUCCAUUUUGAAGACAGAAGUGAAGAUUUUUACUUAAAACCUUUCCAUUGUGGUUCAAAGCUUGAAUGGGUAUGCCAGAUCACUAAAGGUCGUACUCCAAAUGUACCAGAGUGGUACAAGCCAGAUGAAGAUGGACUUCAUGGGCCAGCGCUGAAUAUUGAUGGAUCUGAAUUCUGGUUUGUGCCCCAUAAGCGCCUGAGUUACCAAGAGGCUUCUCUCUACUGUUCUGAGAAUGACAGUGACUUAGCUUAUGUGGCGUCCUUCACAGCGCUAAUACAGAUUUUAAACAGAAUGGCAAAUUUAACAGAUGAGAAACAGAAUUGGUGGCUGAAAUACAUACCUCCUACGAGUCACUACCAUUCCGUUUUUUCAAUAUUUGCACACUAUCGUGAGAGAUACUUCAGAGAUUGUUGGCACAUUUCCUCUCACAGCUGGUACAAAGAUAACAUUAUAAGCUGCAAUACAAAACUUCCCUUCAUCUGUGAAAAAUACAAUACGUCACUUCUGGAGACACACGAUCCUAGUUAUAAGCCACCUCAGAGAAAGUGUCCUGAAAAGUGGCAUAGUUUUCUCAACAAGUGUUUUCAGAUAGUGCCUUCUCGAGAUUUAAAAUUUAAAGAGGCAAAUGAAUAUUGCAAUGCAUUUGGAGGCCUGCUUCCUUCCAUCAGAAAUCAAGCUGAACAAGAUUUUAUAACCUCCUUGCUUCCUGGCUUACCCCAAAAUAUUUGGAUUGGUCUGCGCCUUCAGCUUCAGUCACGUGAAAAUAAAUGGGUAGAUGGAAGCCCUCUAGAAUAUAGCAAUUUCCACCCAUUGCUUCAAGGCAGGCUAAGGAGGGUUAAUCUAGAUUUUUUUGAUGCGGAAGUGAACGCCCAAUGUGGUGUUUUGCUUAACAAUCUCAAUUCUCAUGUGGGAACCUGGAACUUCACUUCCUGUGCUGACAUCAAUUCUGUAGCCAUCUGCCAACGAGAGGCAGAGGCUGCAGAAAACCAGACACAGCAAAUGCUUAAUGUCACCUGGAACUAUCGAAAUGUCACAUACACCGCACUUCUGAAGAACUUGACGUGGUUUGAUGCACAGCAGGAAUGCCUCCAGAAGAAUAUGCAGCUGGUUAGCAUUACAGAACAAUUCCAGCAGGCUUUUCUUGCUAGUCAAGCUGCCCGCUAUAAUUACCCACUGUGGAUUGGACUCUCCAGUAAAGAUGACGGAAUACAUUACCAUUGGUUGGACAGAAAACAUAUUAGUUUCAGUCGCUGGUCUAAUGACGAUGCAGAUUUGCUUGAUAACUGUGUAUAUUUGGAUACUGAUGGAUUCUGGAAAACGUCUGAAUGUUACUCAGAAAUGCCAGGCGCAGUUUGCUACUUGCCAGGAAAUGAAACUGAAAAAACAGAAUUAUACCAUGAAUCUGUUCAUUGUCCCCAUAAGAUAAAGAACACACCGUGGGUAGCAUUUCGAAACAAUUGCUAUACAUUUCUGAUCACAAAAAAUAGAAUGAGUGGAUUGAGAUCAGGUGAAGGCCACCACUUAUGCAGGAUGAUGAAUAUAAAUGCCUCUCUCCUGAAUAUCAGGGAUGAAGGAGAAAAUAAUUUUGUUGUUGAGCAGCUGCAUGCUUUCAGUGGCCUUGCUCAGUGGCUCUGGUUGGGCCUGCUUUAUGAGGCAGAUGACAACACUCUAAGGUGGUAUGAUGACUCACGCUUGUCGUACAAUAACUGGAGACUUGGAAGGCCUUCCGUCAAGAGCAAUAAUUUUGUUGCUGGUGUCAGCUUGGAUGGCUUCUGGGAUAUUUACAACAAUACAGAAAACUGGGUACACCUGCAGUUCAGUUUACAUAGUGUCCUUGUCUGUAAAAUAGAAAUGGAACCCAAAGAGGACAAACCACCGCUGCCUACAGCACUGCCGUAUAGAAACAAUACGUAUUGGGUUCUUCAAAAACAGCUCAGCUGGUAUGAUGCAUGGAAAGAAUGCAAAAGAAAAGGAAGUGAGUUAGCCAGCAUACACAGUGAAUCAGAGCAAGUAUUUAUGGAAGCUAUUGCGAAGAAUGAUGGAUUUCCUCUAUGGAUUGGUUUGUCCAGUCAUAAUGGAAGUGAUUCUGAUUUUGAGUGGUCUGAUGGAAGUGCAUUUGAUUACAAGCCCUGGGAGUAUGAGCAUUCACUUCCUCCUGGAAACUGUUUCCUCUUAGACACUAAAGGAAUGUGGAAUCGUAUGAAAUGCACAAAUCAAGUUGAUGGUGCUAUUUGCUACUCCUCACCUAACAAAAUAGAGUCAAAGCAAGCAGAAAGUUCUACAAAAUGUCCAAAGACUACUGGGGGAUUAUCACAAUGGAUACCAUAUAAAGACCAUUGCUAUGCAUUUGAUAUGGGAUUUUACAAUUUCUCAACGUAUACCUCAGAUGCUGCGAAAGAUGUCUGCAAGAAACUUGAUCCUUCUGCAGCACUUUUGACUAUCAAUGAUGCAGAUGAAAAUAAGUUUGUGAUGACAUACUUAAGGAAACAUUACUUCAUUACUGGAAGGGUAUGGCUUGGAAUGCAGUCUAAUGCUAAGUCCUUGAAGUGGCUGGAUGGCUCAGAGGUUACAUAUGUCAACUGGGCCAAGGGAAAGGAAAAUGCCAAUGGUGAAUGUAGUGUAAUCUUUUCAGCAAAUGGGACAUGGUCCAGGAUAGACUGCAAGGAUGUCCAGAGCAGAGUUGUGUGCAAGGUUCCUCAAGUUUCUAAUCAUACAGGAGGAGCUAUAGCAGUUGCUGUUUUAAUUAUUAUGGUUCUCCUUGCUGGAUUAUUAUACUACCUUUAUAAAAAGAAACGACUACAGUGGGGCGGAUUCUCUUCCGUACGCUAUGAACGAGGGAUCCACGAAGAGGAAACGGACAGCAUGUUUGCCAGGGAUGGUGAUUGAAGAACGACGUCUGCUUGGCUGCUUUUAAACAAGAUCUAGAAUGGGCUAUGCUAACAUCUUCUUACAGGGUUUGCUUUGGCAUAUCUGUGUGAAAUCUAUUAAGUAGCAGCAGGUAAAUUUUGGCCUCUGAGUAUUGCUACAAUUUUUGUUCCUUAUCAUGCAUUCAUUGAAAGCAACCCUUUGCCCAACAUUAGGAGAAUAAUAUGUCUCGUCAACAGCUAUGUAAACUCCAGUUGAACUUUGCACUUUUUGUGGUCUUUUAAGAUUUGCACACGCAUGCUGUGAUCCUGACUUUGGUAUUGGGACGUACGGCAUAUGCUCAUAUGAAGUACAGAUGCCUGUGAAUACAGUUUUGAAAUGUAACUUAUUGAACAUAAACUAUAUAAUGUGGUAGUUUGAAAUACCAACCAUGCUCCAUUUGGCUUAAGAUCUAUUGGAUACAGAGUUUUAUUUUUAAUACUUUGUGUUGAAAUUGGGGCUUCUUUGGCCCAAGAUUUCUUCCAACUUAUUGAAAUAUAUAUAUAUAUAUAUAUAUAUAUAUAUAUAUAUAUAUAUAUAUAUAUAAGUUUCUCAAGAAAAAGAAUCAUGCAAUUUACCAGACUACAUUUUGACAGGGUUUAACUUGAAUAAGCCAUAUAUGCCAUUCCUCAUAGAUAGAUAUGGAAUGAGCAAAAUCACAAGCUAAACAAAAACUUCACUCGUCUAGGAUAAAAAGUUACACUCUUUACUCUUGAUGUAGUGUUUCACAUUCAUUCUUUUCUCGUAUUACUUUUGCCAUAUUUGUUGACCUUAAAAGAGGUACUAGUUAUGUUCUUUAUUGACAUGUUAAAUACACUGGCAGGAAUCUACAGACACAAAGGGUGAUGAAAUGCUUCUAACAUGGUUCAGCAGUGUUGCAUGGAGUGAGUCUCAGCCCUACUUACUAUGCCAUUACAGAUCCUAUCUCUUGAUACUGUGCUGUGAGUGGGGAAAUCCCUUGAUUUCAUGUGAAAUUCUGCUCACAAACAUUGUUCACCAUAUGAUGACAAUUUUCAUAUGGAUCAAGCAGCCUUUAGCUGGCAGCCAUUACAUGUAAACUAACCCAUAGGAUGUAAUACCACACACACAGACACUCUCAUCUGAGAACAAGCCCUACCAAACACAGCUGGACAUGUUUCUGAGUAGAUAUGUAUAUAAUUGUGUUUUUACAGAGCUUUUAAAAUUAAUUAUAUUUUAAAACUUGAAUUAUAACAUUAAGAUCUUUUAAUUUAAGCAGUGAUAUAGUGCUCAAAUUUGAAGGCAUGUCAGUAUCCCUGACUGUGUCUAAUACGAAAGAAGAGUUGUUAUCUAAGGAGGUAGACCUUGGAUUUUUUCAUUCUUGCAUACAUGAACACAAAAUUUCAGAUUUUUUUCUUCUGAGUAGACUAAAAAUGUAGGGGGCUCUUUUUUGGCAGAUUUUCAAUUCUCUUUUUUUUAGCAUUUAAGAACAUUUUCUGAAAAAUUCAUUUGCAUGAAAAAAGGGGUACUUCUCACAAAGCAGACACUGUUUUCUGUGCACAGCUCUUUCUUUUUGUGAAAAACCCCAAGAUUUUUGUGCAAUUGACCUUUUCCAAAGCAAAUUGUGGAACAUGCCAGUUUCCCCCCCCCCAAAAAAGUUGGCUUAGUACAACAAGACCCCUUCCUUGCCAAUUAAGAGAAAUUGUCCUAACACCCAUGAUUUCAUAUCUCCCAGAAGCACUCUCCAAAUACUUUGCCAAAUACUAAUGAGAUCCAUUGUAUCAAUACUGUUGUUGGGAAACCCAUCUUCCCACCCCUCUUAAGUUGAAGACUAAGUCAGAAAGUAGGGAAGGACUUGAGGUCUCUGGUAAUAAGGUGCCCUAGGAUCAUACAUGUCAAAUACAUGUUGAACCACAUCCCUACAGCUUUCAUUAGUGUCUAUUAAAUCAUUUUUAUCUUUAUAUGUUAAGAGUUCAAGUUCAUCAUGUUUAUUUCCUCUGUACUAUACAUUAGUGUAGAAACACUUGAUACUAUGGUUAAUUAGCUCCAGAUCAUCCUCAUUAUUGCUUUCUGCCCGGGGAUAGAAUCAUGUUCCACACUGUAUUUUUGCUUUCAUUAUUUUAGCUUUCAGUGCAGUUUCAAACUACAUUGAAUGGCAAUGUCGAUAGGGCCUUGGUGACCAGAAAGUUCUAGGUGCACUACAUCAUUGAUUUAAGAUAACAUUAAGGAUGUCAUAACUCAAUCGAGUAAAGGUGUACAAAGUGUUUGAGCCACUGUUUAAAUAAUGCUACUGCUUUUAAAAUUAAUUUUGUUGAGGAUAAUAGUAAAACUGAUUUACAGCUAAGUUAGUUUGUAUUGGCAUAUACGCAUAUUUAAAUAGCCAGCUGUUAACUUAUUGUUUCCAAAUGCAAUUGCCAUGGCCCAGCAUCACACAGAUGGGAGCUUCCCAUUUCAUGUUAAGAGAGGAAAUUAUCUCUGCUACCAUAUUGCAUUUCUUCUCAUAUAUAAGAGCAACUCAUGUAUGCAUUGUGUACUGUAUUGUUACUCAUUGGUUAUGAUCCAUCCCUGUAGACUAUGCAUCAAAAUAGGAGCAUUUAAUAAUUCUAUCAUAAUCAGAAUAGCAGAAAUACAAAAAAACAACAACACUGUAUUAGCUUAUCAAUGCAUCCCUUUCUGAGACAUUUUUAGCAGUCUCUUUUUCAAGGCAUUGACCCAUCUUACGCAGUACUGUAUGUCUACAAGGAGGCCUUUGUGCAUAUGGAAAACAACUCUUCUAGAUAGGCUUUAAUAUGUAUUCAUGCUAUUGGGCUCUGUUUCCCCUUUGCUAGGAUCCAUCUGCAUGAUCAUUUUAAAAUUUGUAAAAUGGGAUGUCAGCCAUUGAGUGCCAUUCAGUUCCCAUUAAAAGUAAGGAGAAAGAGCUAGCAAGAUGACAAGGAAAAGUUGUGCAACUUCUCAUACCUGGAUAGGUGUGUUCUAAUGACUAGCAGAGAUGGAGUAAUAACCUAAAAUUAAAAGUAUAGCUUCCAAAAAAAAGUUAAUUUAUAGAGAGAGGUAACAGUAAAAAGAGAAGUAACUAGACUACUGAAUAUUAAAAGUACAUGCAACAGGUGUCCCUGACACUAGCACAAAACCAUUUCACGCCACAAUAGUAAUAGCUUUAUGCUCACUAGGGGAAGAAAGUAUUCAAGAAUCCAAAAUUCUAGUCAUGGGAUAUAUAUGGAAAUUAUAAUACAGUAUUCCCUCACUUAUCGCGGGUGUUACUUCCAAGGCCACCCGCGAAAAGUGAAAAUCUGGAAAGUAGGGAUGCUAUAUACCCGCAAAACAGCGAGUCCGCAAAAAGCGAACCGCAAAGUAGCGAGGGAACACUGUACUCUUGCAAUCAACAAUAGUAUUUCAAGAGAACAUGGGUUCAAAAAACCAACCAAAAAAGAUAAUGUGCAAAAACUAAUGAUGCCGGAACGUCCUUAAUGAAGUGCCUCUAUGAAUAGCCCAGGGUUGCUUACACAUGUCUUUAUCUGUAAUCUGAGAGAAUGUGAGAAAAUGCACUUUACUUUUGUUGAGCUCAUGAUUUAGAUCAAUACAAUGACUUUAACCAAGAUCUAAAAUAAUAACAGUAAAGAGAUCUGCUUUGAAAAAUAAAAUAAAAUUGGCAUUUGGUAACAAUGGUAAAAUUGGCAACAGUGGCCAAGAUCCUGUUGGGUCUUUAUGCCACUCAAAGAAACCUAUCCGCAGAUGUCAAAGGAAGUAGUUCCCUCUCUUUGCCAAAGACCCCGUUGUCCAUGUUCCUCUCUUAUCUUCUGGACCAUAUACCAAGGGAUACAUGGGUUACAUCAGGAGGGGAAAUCAACAUCUUCAGAGAUGUUUCUGACAGGUUUUCUACCCUUUAGGACCCAAUUGGAAUUUGCUCAGUGUAUUUCUAACUUACGACCCAGUUUACAGAUGGUGGUGCUUGCCUGCCAUACAGAUGUUUGGUGUUACAAUCUUUAAUAUAGCCAGUGAGAAAUAAUAAGAGAAGUAGUAAGGGGCUACAUUCAGUCUAUACACAAUAUACAAAUCAAAGCAAAUAUCUAACUGCAUAUAAAAAGACACACAGGAGCCUGAUUUUUCAGACUUUUGCAUAUACUCAACUGCAAGUGCAAGAGGACAUGUGUGUUUACUGCAUGUUAUGCUCCUUUCUGUCUGCAGUAAUUACUAGGCUGUGUAGUCAUUUUCAAUUCUCUAAUUCUGUAUGCUCAGUAUCACUAAAUUUAUGACUAUUUGUACACAUGGGCUUCUUUUGAUGUGAAUUUACAAAAGGAAAGUUUAUUUUAAAUAAAUGAUCAGGGCUGUUCAAUUAUGCAAAAUAUAGAUAAAUUAUUAUCAUGUUUCUAUAAAGUGUUUAUAUAAUAUUCUGAAAAAUACAAAUUUUAUAAGUUAUGUUUUUAAUUGUGGGGAUGCGGGUUUAUUUCCAAAAUUAUUUGUUCUUGAAUGUGUUGAGAAAUGCUAUGUAAAUUAAUACAAAUGCCUUAAUUUCGCUAAUUAGCCCUCUUCCAAGUUUCACCACAGAACUGAAACGAAAGUAGUUUUAGAAGGAUCUUUAAUGGUUGUUAAAUUAGAUUGGUACUGUUUUUGCAAGAAAUUAAAGACUAUUCUUUUCACUAUUAAAAUGUUUUGUAUUCUUCAGUAUUUAAAAAAUGUCAUUGUUAAUAAAGCUCAAAUCUCAUCGUAAACAAA